AAAAAAGAAAAACAGAAUUAUUAUUUGCUUUACAACAAAGCCAAACAAACAAAAAAAAGCUAAUUGGGAAGCUCUCCUCAUCCACAUUUUCUUCUCCGCAAGAAAUCAACACCAAGGGAAACCCCAGAAUCAUCAUCUUCUUUUGAUCAUAGGUGAGAUCUUCAUAGCUUCAAAACGGUGUCCCGAUUGUCAAUUGCCAUAUCAAAGAAGCUGAUUCCUCCUCGUGUGGUUGAUUAAUCGUCCUAGGUCUCCCAACAACAACAACAUCCGCCGCCGUUUCGUGAUUGAUUCUGUUAUAGCUUCAAUGGCAGAUUUAAAUAAACACGCAGAAAAGACGAAAUCACCCUCCUCCUCGUCCUUCUUCAACAGAUCGCUCACAAUCCACCAUGGACACAGACCAACGGAUUCAACCCCCAAAUCACACACCCUAAACCCUUCCCUAAACCGAACCACCUCCAUAACCAAAUUCUACAACCCCGUCGAAACAGUAGUCGAAUCCUCCCUCAAAGGAAAAGUCAAAAACCUCUGCAGAUUAUUCGAAGUCUCCAAAUCCUCCCUCAGCAAAUCAACAACAACACCCGAUCAUCCUCCACAGAAGCUGAAAUCGAACAAAUCGGUUUUAUCCGAAUCGCGGUUAUCCCCGUUUUUAAGCCUAAACAACUCCGUGAUCCGUCUCCCGGGGACGGAGGACAGGAUCGUGGUCUUCUUCACCAGCUUGAGAGGGAUAAGACGGACCUACGAGGAUUGCUACUCCGUGAGGAUGAUUUUCAGAGGGUUCAGGGUUUGGAUCGACGAGCGGGACGUCUCGAUGGACUCUGCGUACAAGAAGGAGCUUCAGAUCGCGAUGGGGGAGAAGAGGAGUGUGUCUUUGCCUCAGGUUUUUAUCAUGGGGAAGCAUGUUGGUGGUGCUGACGUGGUCAAGAGUUUGUUUGAGAUUGGUGAGCUGGCGAAGAUACUUAAACUGUUUCCCGUGAGGGAGCCGGGGUUUGUGUGUCGUUGUUGUGGGGAUGCGAGGUUUAUUCCGUGUUCGAAUUGUAGUGGGAGUAAGAAGUUGUAUGAUGAGGAUGAGGAUAGGCAUAAGAGGUGUCCGGAGUGUAAUGAGAAUGGGUUGAUUCGGUGUCCUGAUUGCUCUUCUUGAGGAGGUUAUUAAAUCAAGAAAAUCAAGAAGAGAGAGAUGUAGGUGUUUGGUUUUAUCUAUUGUGUAGAACAAAGUGAAUGAUGAUGAUGAUGAUGCUACGAGUAUCUGAAAAGCUCUUUUGGAUCAGUAGCUGUAUCUCACUUUCCGGCUUUUUUUUAAAGGUUUGUUGUGAUCAUUCAUCAUUGGUAUCAUUGGGUAUGCUGAUGAUCGUUGAUUUAGAUGUGUAUGUAUGUUUGUUACUAAGGCUAAUGUUGUUUUAUUUAGUCGAAAUGUCUGAAAUGGGUAGUAAGCAUUUUGGCUCUUGUGUGUGUCAAUGUUGUGAAAGACAACACGACUCUGUUGUUUAUUCUAUGUAUUUGAUUGUAAAUACACUCUCAGUGUGGUUAUUGGGGGUUUGUGUUUCAUUAAGACCGUGACUGUCUUCUACAUAUGAUAUUGUUCUCG